AUGCGGCCUCGCGAAAUACUCUCAAAGGUCGAACGCGAUGCACUAAGAGAACUCAAGGUCGACAAGGACAUCGUCAUCGUGCCCGCGGACAAGGUGCGUUCCACCGUCGUACUGGACAGAACAAACUACCUUCAGAAGGCCAAAAGCCUACUGGAGGAUCGUCAGUUUUAUGUCCCAUCUGAAACCAACCCCGUAAAAACGCUGACACGCGAAAUCAAUGCGACACUGUUGGCACUGGAGAACUCGGGUGCAAUAACACCGACCGACCGACGCAUGGCGAGAGCCCAAGAAGCGCCAACUUCCUGUGCACGUGUCACCCUUUUCUCCCACUGCCUCUGA